AUGACAAAACUCCGCUACCACUCCACCACAUGUCUAGCUGUAGAAGAUCUCAACAUAUUAACAAGUUAUAAGCAGCAGAAUAAUACUUACGACUACAUUCAAAAUAACUUAUCUUGUGUCAAUGAACCUCAAAGUCUAGAAAACUGA